AUGGCAGCUUUGUCGUUCCCACGUCUCGUUUGGUUUCUCUGCCUCUUCUUGGGUUUCUUUUGUAGCCUACCACUAUUAGGCAUCUGCGAUGACACAGAGAGUGAUAGACAAGCCCUCCUUUGCUUCAAGUCCCGGCUCUCGGCACCCGCCGGAGUUCUACCUUCAUGGAGCAACACAUCCGUGGAGUUCUGCGACUGGCAUGGGAUCACGUGCAGCGCGACUUCCCCCCGGCAUGUCGUUGCGCUCGACCUUGAAUCCCAAGGCAUCUCAGGCAUCAUAGCUCCUUUCAUCGCCAACCUCACUUGGCUGGCAAGGCUCCAGCUGUCCAACAAUAGCUUCAGUGGCGGCGUGCCAUCCGAGCUUGGCCUCCUGAGCCGACUCACCAACCUCAACCUCAGCAUGAACACUUUGGAAGGUACCAUCCCGCCCCAACUCUCUGCAUGUUCCCAGCUCCAAGUUCUCGGCUUGUGGAAAAAUUCUCUCCGGGGAGAGAUCCCACCUGGCCUUAGCCAAUGCAAGCGCCUUCAAGAGAUUGACCUUAGCAACAAUAAGCUCCAAGGUGGCAUACCUCCUGCUUUCGGAGACCUUCCUGAGCUGCACAUACUAGUUCUCGCCUACAACAUGCUUACCGGCAAUAUUCCGCCAUCUUUGGGCAGCAGACGUCAUCUCACAUAUGUCGAUCUUGGGAGGAAUUUUCUUGGAGGGGUCAUACCAGAGUUCUUGGCAAAUAGUUCAUCUCUUCAAGUACUUAGACUCAUGAGCAAUGGUCUUACUGGGAAACUUCCGAAGGCUCUCCUCAACACUUUGUCACUUGGUGCUAUCUGCCUCCAACAGAACAGUUUUGUUGGUUCCAUACCUUCUGUUACUAUCACAUCUUCCCCUAUUAAGCAUCUCGACUUAGGGUAUAACAAACUUUCAGGAAGAAUACCUUCCUCACUAGGGAACCUUUCCUCCCUAGUUCUUCUUCGUCUUACAAGCAAUCAUUUAGUUGGGAGCAUCCCAGAGAGCUUAGGUUAUAUUCCAACACUACAGAUGUUGUCCUUGAGCGUAAACAACUUAUCUGGGACGGUUCCACCAUCUAUCUUCAACAUGUCAUCCUUGAUAGGGCUAGCCAUAACAAGAACCUCACUUUUCGGCAGAUUACCCAUCAACAUAGGCUACACCAUCCCCAAUAUCCAGGACUUAAUACUCUCAGUUAACAGUUUUGAUGGAUCAAUCCCAGCUUCUCUUCUCAAAGCUUACCACCUACAAAGCCUUGAACUGAGCAGUAAUAGAUUUACUGGAUUCAUACCAUUCUUCGGCUCAUUGCCAAAUUUGGAGGAAGUCGAUUUGGGACACAACAAGCUAGAAGCAGAUGAUUGGGGCUUCAUCUCUUCACUAUCUAAUUGCUCCAGGUUGGCCAUCCUCGCCCUGGAUGGGAACAAUCUCAAAGGGAAAUUGCCAAGUUCGAUUGGCAAUCUUUCCAACAGUCUUGAGACGUUGUGGCUGAAUAGCAACAAAAUUUCGGGACCUAUACCGCUGGAGAUUGGCAACCUUAAGAGCCUCAGUAGCUUGUACAUGGGUGACAAUCUUCUCACCGGUAAUGUACCACCAACAAUUUGGAAAUUGCAUAACUUGGUCGAUCUAUCCUUAGCACAAAACAGGCUUUCGGGUCAGAUUCCUUAG